GGCGUGUCAGGCAGGAUUGGGGCAGGUGCGGUGGCGGAAGUAGGUGGACUCCAAGGAAGCUGAGCCAUCUAGGAAGGCGCGGCCGCGGGUCAGCUAACCUGGAGCAGCUGUGUCAGCCUGACCGCAGCGACUAGGGCUCGCCUGUCGGCGAAAUGCCUCUGUUCGCUGUCAACCCCUUCGAACAAGACGUGGAAAAAGCCACAAAUGAGUACAAUACUACGGAAGAUUGGAGCCUUAUUAUGGACAUAUGUGACAAAGUUGGAAGCACUCCUAACGGAGCAAAAGAUUGCCUAAAAGCCAUAAUGAAAAGGGUACAUCAUAAGGUUCCUCAUGUUGCUCUGCAGGCAUUAACUCUUCUUGGGGCUUGUGUGGCAAACUGUGGAAAGAUAUUUCAUUUAGAAGUAUGUUCCCGUGAUUUUGCAACAGAAGUACGUGCUCUGAUAAAAAAUAAGGCUCAUCCUAAAGUAUGUGAAAAACUGAAAUCUUUAAUGGUGGAGUGGUCAGAAGAAUUUCAAAAGGACCCCCAGUUUAGUUUAAUAUCUGCAACUAUUAAAUCUAUGAAAGAAGAAGGAAUUACUUUUCCUUCAGCAGGUUCUCAGACUGUCUCAGCUGCUGCCAAGAAUGGUACAUCAUCAAACAAAAACAAAGAAGAUGAAGACAUAGCUAAAGCUAUUGAAUUAUCGUUGCAAGAGCAGAAGCAGCAGCACACAGAAACAAAGUCCUUAUAUCCAUCUGCAGAUGUUCAGUUAAAUAAUAAAGUUGCAAGGAAAGUGAGAGCUUUAUAUGAUUUUGAAGCCGUUGAGGACAAUGAACUUACCUUUAAACAUGGUGAAAUUAUUAUUGUUUUGGAUGACAGUGACGCCAACUGGUGGAAAGGAGAAAAUCACAGAGGAGUGGGACUCUUCCCAUCUAAUUUUGUAACAACUAAUUUAAACAUGGAGUCUGAGGCAGUUUUGAUCUCCUUCUUCUUAACAGCUGUGGACAAUUUGAAUGUGAUUGAUGAUGAGGAGGAAGAAAUUAAGAAAUCAGAGCCUGAGCCUGUAUAUAUAGAUGAGGAGAAGAUGGAUAGAGCCCUUCAGGUACUUCAGAGUAUAGAUCCAACUGAUUCAAAACCAGACUCCCAAGACCUUUUGGACUUAGAAGAUAUCUGCCAACAGAUGGGUCCAAUGAUAGAUGAAAAACUUGAAGAGAUUGAUAGGAAACAUUCAGAAUUGUCUGAAUUGAAUGUAAAAGUCAUGGAGGCUCUGGAACUAUAUAACAAAUUGGUGAAUGAAGCACCAGUGUAUUCAGUUUAUUCAAAGCUCCAUCCUCCAGCACAUUAUCCACCUUCACCAGCUGGGGUUCCAAUGCAGACAUAUCCAGUUCAAUCACAUGGUGGAAAUUAUAUGGGUCAAAGUGUGCACCAAGUUACUGUCACCCAAAGCUACAGCCUAGGACCAGAUCAGAUUGGUCCACUGAGAUCUCUGCCUCCAAAUGUGAAUUCCUCAGUGACUACACAGCCUGCCCAAGCUCCAUAUUUAAGCACUGGACAGGACACUCCUUCCAAUCCAGCUUACAUGAACCAGAACUCUACCCUUCAGUCAGCUGCUGGCACAGCUGCAUACCCACAGCAGAUGGGGCUCUCUGCGGACCUGUCAUCUUACCAGAACACUGCGUCCAGCUUGCCACAGCUGGCAGGCUUUCCGGUGGCAGUUCCAGCUCAUGCAGUUGCACAGCAGCAAACAAAUUACCAUCAGCGGCCUCUCCUUUAGAAACACACCAAGCAUUUUGUUGAAAGCCUUCAUAUGUGUAUUAUUCAACCAUUACGAUUCAAAUCUGAAAAUAUUGAAAGAAAAAAUUUUUUUUCUUAACUCAACAUAGACCAUGAAUGAAUAAAGCACAAAAUCUUCUUACUCUACUAGGCCAUAAAGGGAUUUUUUUUUUUCACUCGAGUUUGUUUGAAGUCAAACUUCUGAACAGAGGCAGCUCCAGGUUUUUUCCAGUUGAUUUUGUCUUAAUUGCAAGUUUCCCUGCACAAAUCUGGACACCCCGUGGGUAGCCUUAUGACACUAACCAGCAUGAGAUAUGUAAAUUUUAUAAAGAAACCACCCUUUACUCCUAUAAUAGCGUGUUGAUAAGGAGAGCACUGAAACAUUUAGAUACAUUUUGUCUGCAUAUUUUUUUCAGUAUCCCACAUACCAUUAUUUUAAAAGGCAACCAUCUUUUUGUGCAAGCAUUUAGCUUGCCAUCAUAAUUCCUUUUGGCUCCUUAAAUUACAGUUGUAAUGCUUUCAGUUUUGCCUUCAUUGUAUGUUGAGUAAUAAUUAGCAUAUAGUUGUCUGCAGAAGCGAGCAAUUUGGAAGGAACAAAAACGUUUUCUGUUAUUAAUAGUGAAGACCAUGCAAGUGCAAAUGUGUAAAAAAGUAUUUAGCUAGUCCUCCAGUCAUGCCAGCAGUGGGCUAAGAAAUGCCUCAUAAAACAUUUCCAUUACCUGGAGAACAUUUAUUUUCCUACAAGGGUCCCUGGUAUUUAGAAUUGCCACUAUGUAGGCCUUUCAGAUGACUUUGGUCAUUCUGUAAUGAAGGUAUGAUCUUUUUCCUUCAUACAGUACAGUGUGCAGAGAUGCUAUAUUCCCUUUUUAUGGAUGACAUGUGAAUUUGAGCCAUGAGACCUGACAAUUUGAUGUGAUGUAUGCCAAGCAUGGAUGUUAAGUGUGUGUUUAUUGAUAAUGUUGCUUCUUUACAGAGGUGACUCGAGUACCAUUGCUAUGCCAGGCUGCCGAAAAAAAUCAGCCAUUCUGUUCAGGAGUAAUUCUGAGCCUGUGGAAUAACAGCAGGCAAUGGAUUGGUAGGAAAGUUAGCAAGACAGUUUUUCUGAAGCAUACGUUUCAAAUUAGUUUAUAGUACUAAUAGGAUUCCAUUAUAGGAGUCAGUAACUCAUAAGGGACUAUUUUCUCUCCUAAAAAUUUGCACACUACUGCAUUAUCUACCACUUUUUUAGAUAACAAAAAUUAGAAAAUGCAAAUAAAGCCAUAGUAGAAGCAGUAGCUAUAUGUUACAGAAACACAAAAGCCCCCCCCCCCCGCCAUGUUAUUUACAGGAACAAUUGAUGUUAAAACUAUAUUUGGAUUAAGAUUUAAGAAUUUUUAAUAGGUAUUUGAACUAUUCAAGUUUAUUUGUAUAAAAGAGGCUAGCAUCAAGAGUUCUAACUUACUCAUACAGAAGUCUAUUACAUUUAUGUCCUAAAAAAAAGAAUGCGAAUACAUAUGCUUACAGAUACAUAACAGACUAGAAGAAACCAUGGAUAUGAGUUUGUUUUUUAUAAUGUUAAUUGUAUGGAAGCAAGAUUUCUGUGUUGUUUUUUUUUACAGAAAUCUGUAGUAGAAAGAUUAAGGAUAAUCUUUCUAUGGGUAAUCUUUCUACUAAGAAUCCAUGUGAACACAGUGCUCUGGAAAUUUUUUGUCAUUUACUGUUUAAAGAAAUUUGGUUCUAAGUACAUUGCUUUUUUUCAAAGAAAUUGUAUCCUAGAACAAAAUUAUAUACUACUUGGACUACAUUUAAAGGAAAAAACAAGCAGUAUCUGAAAACCCAAUUUCUGUCAUUCUUUUAUUUCAUAUGAUACAGGUGACAGUAAAAAAAGUUUUAACCUUUAAUGCUUUGUGUUCUGUUUUUCAUCCUAUAUUUCUUUUCUUUCUAUGUGAAUUCAAUUAUAUACUUACAAAAAAUUCUAAAAUGGCACCUUACUUUUUGGAAACAAAUCUAUUUAAAGACUACAAAGCAUAAAAAACAUUUACAAAGCUGCUCUUAAUAAUAAUGUUUGCAUAUAUAUGGAAAAUCCUUUUUCUCCCAAACAAUAUUUAAUAAACAGUUAUUUUAAUAUUUGUGUAAAUAUUUGAUGUAUAAUUGUGAUUGGAAUUGUAAAAGCUUAAUUAUGCUUAAGUCUUGAACUAGUAUGAAUACUGCAUACCCACUAAAUUGGGAUCAGUCAGUUGAGUUCACCUAAUGUAGUUUUUGAAUAAUGUAAUAUGCAACAUGUACAUAAAUAGUGUAUAUUGGCAUUUAUCUGUGAAAUUUUAUAUAUUCAGAAGUUUUGUCUCCCUCUUAAAUUAAAAAUAAUUUUAUUUUUGCCAUACUGCAGUGAAGUUUGUGUUUCAGGUUGUUGAUAGUAUAAAAAUCUUAUUAAAUCUGUGUAGUGAGAUUUAGUGUUAAGAAAUACAGCAUUGUUAUUUUUCUUUCUUUUCCAUGAUCUAAUGGAUUGUAUUUAUUUUCAAACCUGUUUAUAAUUAAAUGUUUUCUGCCAAAGGAACUAACAUCAGAUUUCUACAUUGGGUUCAUACUUACUGUUUUUAUAAAAAAAUAAAAAUAAGUUCUGCUUUUUCACAUGAAAUCUUGGUACAUGAGAAAAUUCCUGAAAAUUAAAAUAAAGUUUUCAUUAAUGUAGAAGGCUUUCACUUGGGUGUUAAAAUACAUGAAGUGGGAUAUGUUUUUACAGUGUGGAAAAUGUAGUCUGCCAACAUUG